AUGAAGAAGCUAAUGAUCCUGCUCUUUCUCUGUCAUACUGCAUUUACAGGUAAGAUAGUGAAACACUCACUGAUGUAUUUUCUCACUGGAUCAUCUGGGAUAGCAAACAUCCCAGACUUUGUGGGUGUUGGAGAGCUUGAUGGCAUUGAGGCUGGUUACUGUGACAUCAACAACAAAAUAAUACAGCCAAGACAGGACUGGGCAAAACAAAUAUUAGAUGAUGACCGUGCGCACUUGGAGAUGUACACUUAUCUGUGUUUUGAGAAUCUGCCAGACUUCUUUAAGGGAUUCAUUUUUACAUUGAAGCAGCAGUUCAACCAAACUGAAGGUGUCCACAUUGUACAGAGGAUAGAUGGCUGUGAAUGGGAUGAAAACACUGGAGAGGUGACCGGUGUACUUCAGUAUGGAUAUGAUGGAGAAGAUUUUCUUAAAUUUGAUAUUAAGACAUUAACAUGGAUUGCGCUGAAACCAGAGGCUGCUAUGAUCAAACAGAGCUGGGAUGCUGACAUAAAUGAUAAAAAAGACGAUGAAGACUACUUCACUCGGAUUUGUCCAGAGAGGCUCAAGAUGUAUUUAGACAGUGGGAAAAGCUCCCUGCAGAGAACAGUUCUUCCCUCUGUAUCUCUCCUCCAGAAGACUCCCUCCUCUCCAGUCAGCUGCCAUGCUACAGGUUUCUAUCCUGACAGAGCCAUGAUGUUCUGGAAGAAAGAUGGAGAGGAGCUUCAUGAAAAUGUGUACCACACAGACGUACUCCCCAACCAUGAUGAGAGCUUCCAGAUGAGUGUCAGUAUGAAUGUUUCAUCAUUUACACCUGAGGACUGGAGAAGAUAUGAGUGUGUGUUUCAGUUCUCUGAUCCUAGCAGUGCCAUUGUCACAACAUUGGACAAAGCAGUGAUCAAGACCAACUGGAAGAAACCGAGUAAGUUGAUUGUCCUCAUCGUCAUUGCAGUGGUUGUUGUUGCAAUGAUCACCUUGAUUCCUGCUGGAUACAUUUUUUACAAAAAGAAAAAA